AUGACGGAGUGGACCCUGCUCAAACGUCUCCUGGAUGCUGUCCACCAGCACUCCACCAUGAUUGGUCGCCUGUGGCUUACCGUCAUGGUCAUCUUCCGGCUGCUCAUUGUGGCUGUGGCCACCGAGGAUGUGUACACCGACGAGCAGGAAAUGUUUGUGUGCAACACCCUGCAGCCAGGAUGCUCCACUGUCUGCUACGAUGCAUUUGCACCCAUCUCGCAACCACGCUUCUGGGUGUUUCACAUUAUCAGCGUCUCUACGCCAUCCCUCUGCUUCAUCAUCUACACAUGGCACAAUCUUUCCAAGCUGCCCCACAACACCUCCCAAAGGGAGGCUUAUGAUCGGAGCUGCGACUCAGAUAGCUGCAUCCGCUCCCAUAAGCAUUUAGGACACAGUCUGGCAGAUGUGCUGGAGGGCAUCACCAACCAGGGCCUUCAGAGGGGAGACCCCCAAGAACAUGGGGUUCUGUCCAAAUGUUACAUCUUCCAUGUGUGUUUACGUGCUAUUCUGGAGGUGGGCUUUGUCCUGGCCCAGUGGAAGCUGUUUGGCUUCCAGGUGCCCGUUCAUUUCCUUUGCACCUCUGCCCCCUGCAGCCAGCCAGUGGACUGCUACGUCUCCAGGCCCACAGAGAAGACCAUCUUCUUGUGCUUCAUGUUUUGUGUGGGGGUUUUCUGUAUCCUUCUCAACCUGCUGGAGCUAAACCACCUGGGCUGGAAGAAGAUCCAACAGGUGGCAAGGCUUAGGGAGAAGACCCCCUGGGGUGGUUGCCCAGGUUUGAGAGGGGGGUAUGAAACCUUCCCUCCUGACAGCCCAUCUCUCAUAUCAUCUUUAGGCUUCAGAGACGUGACCAGGACUUCCUCUCACCCCACUUUGGACCUCGUGGUGGGUCACCAGCCGAAUUGGACUUGUGCCGUGAACUGUAGUAGUAUGAGGGAAUCUGAGGAGGUCAGAGAGACUAGACUGGAGCAGCCACAGAGACAGAAUUCCCAUAAAGAAGAGAUGCAGCCCCUGAGGAGUAAGAGAGAGAUCAGAGGGUCCAAGCAGAGGAGUGCUCAGGUCUGGAUAUAG